UGUGGUUUUUGCUAUGACCGUUUUUUUGUUAUCAGUUGAGAGUGCGAAAUGAUGAGAAAAGGUGUUCCUGGUGGUGGUAGAAAUAUGUGCUUACCAGUGCGUGUUCGUGGUUUGGUUUCUCCGGCCACGUCAGCAUUGUGCCACAUCAGCAGCGUGCCACGAGAGCAGAAUGCCACAUCAGCAGCGUGCCACCUCACCGUGCCACGACAACAGAUUGCCAAAUCGUCAGUGUGCCACCUCAGCAGUGCCACCUCAGCAGUGACACGUCAGCAGCAACGAAGCCAGGACUACGUGAUGCGCCGCACUCAACGGCUUGCUGAGCGCGGAUCCGCAGGAACCAAGCCCCAACAAGGACCCAAGACACCUCGGAUCCCGCGCAGACGACGCACGACCAUGGCCGAAACUGCCGACGUCAGUACGCAGGCCAGCCCCAAGCGGCCGGUCACUCCCCCCAUGCCAGUCCGGCAGGCAGAUGAAUCACAACUCGUGUUUCUCGAACGUCUCCAACAUUACACGGAGACUGCUGCAGCCGAACUUCGCAAAUGGGAAAAGGAGGAGGUCCCCCGCCAGCAGGCAAUUCAGCGCCAGCUGGAAGAGGCCGAAGCAUCACGUCAGCAGGCCGCAGCCGAAGCAGCAGCAGCCGCACGGUUGCAGCAGCAGCAGGUCGAGGCAAUGGCAGACUGCAGCCCAGCUUUGGCUGCCCAAGCCAAGCAACUCGAGGAGCGGAUCAACCACGUGGUAGCAUCCCUUGGCGACAUCAGCAAGUUUGCUGAAGCAUCGACAGUUAGCAAUCAGCUGCAGACGCUCAGCGACCGUGUUCAGCAACGAACGGCCGCCGUCCUCAAGGAAUGGAAGAUGCCGAACUUCAAGAUUGAGAAGUUCGACGAUUACCACAAGACCGAUCCGCUUCAGUGGUGGAUGGCAUUCAACGUGGAGACAGGCGUACAUCACGUCCUACCCGAACGGCGGCUUGACGCACUCUACCUCCAACUCAUUGGCGGGGCGCAAGCUUUCAUGAUUCACAUGACCGUCACGUUGGAGUGCACCAUUGCCACCCUCCACACCAAGGUCACGUGGGAGGAAUUCGAGAAGAAGUGGAAGACCCGGUUCAUGGUCAACAACGACAAACGUCAAGCCUUAAACAAGAUCUUCCGCAUCUUUCAAAGCCAACAACCAUCACGGGAAUGGCUGACGGAGUGGCGAAGUCUCGUCGCCACCCCGGAGUUAAACUUGUCGUUCGACGCAAUCCGGGCUGAGUUCUUCGCCCGAUCUUGCGACGGUUUGAUAGCUGCCCUUGGCAGCGAAUUUCAGUAUGAGACCUUUGACGCAAUGAUCUCAAAGGCAAGAGAACUCUGCAUGCCUCGACAAGGACAAAGAAAAUGUCAAGCGUCCAAGCUCGAGAAACUGAGCACCACGAGAAGUGCAGCGACAUCAGUUCCCAAUCCGCCGGACUCGGCUGCCUUGCUAGCAGUCUCUCUCACGUUCGGGGAUGACGCGGUCGUUGCAAGUUCUCGGAUUGACUUCGAGAACUAUGCUGUCGAGAUGGUCCCACCGUUGAACCAGCCUCUCCUCGUGCAAGAUCAAAGCGCAUGCGCGGUGUUUUCGCCGUCGGCCAACGAACCGGUGACUUCGCCAACCCUUCUAUCGGAGGAUCCGUCAACUUGGGCGAGCCUUAAGGUACUCGACCCGUUGACGGUUGAGGACUUCCAAUGGUUGCCUCUUCCCUCCACCGGUUCUUUGCCAACACCGCAUUGCAACGCCCUCAUGGCACAACUGCACGAAUACUUGCACGCUGCAAUACCACCUUCGUCGACGGACGGCGGAGUAGCAGUUGUUGACCUUCGUAGCUAUGUUGCGAAGAUCGAUCGCGAGCACGCAACACAACGUCCCGUGUACGGUUUCGCUUCCUCAUCCUUCGAUUGGUUGUCACGGGGUUUCGCGGCAAGAAUUCGCCAAUCCAUCAGCCGGCACGACAACGAGGAGAUGGGCAUUUGUUUUCUUCACGCCCGCCCACCCAUUGACCAGCUCAAGACGGAUACAUCGGAACCACGUAUCAUGGAGCUGUUGGACAACUAUGAGGAUGUCUUCCAAGCUCCCGCCGGAGUUGUACUGAAUCGGCCCAUACGCCACGGGAUCACUCUCGAGGACGACACCGUACCUCCGCGCGGAUGUAUUUACCGCAUGAGCGAAGAGGAGCUUCAAGUGCUUCGGGCACAACUAGACGACCUCUUGGCCAAGGGCUGGAUUCGCCCUAGCCGUUCGCCAUACGGUGCUCCCGUUCUCUUUGUUUGGAAGAAGAACAAGGACCUUCGUUUGUGCAUCGACUAUCGAAAACUUAACGCACAAACGAUUAAGAAGACCGACCCUCUCCCUCGGAUCGAUGAUCUUCUCGAGCGACUAGGUGGCGCCAAGUACUUCUCAAAGCUUGACCUCAAAUCCGGCUAUCACCAGAUCAAGAUCCAGCCAAGAGAUCGGUACAAGACCACAUUCAAAAUGCGGCAUGGGCACUUUGAGUGGAUUGUCAUGCCUUUCGGUCUCACCAAUGCCCCGGCUACUUUCCGAGUGGCUAUGACAAUGGAAUUUCGCGACCUGCUCGACCGCACUGUACUUAUCUACCUUGACGAUAUCUUCAUUUAUAGCCGGUCGCUGGACGAGCACCUCGAGCACCUUCACGCCGUUUUGGAGCGGCUCCGUAUCGCCAAGUACAAGGCAAACUGCGACAAGUUCGAGUUUGCCCAGCAAGAGCUGGAAGUGCCACGAGGUGGCCCCAAGGGUCCCAAUGAAUUGCACGGAAAGAGACUAAAAGAGAAAGGCAGAAUAAGCAAAACGGGUUGGCGGAAGAGGUGGGAGAAGAUUGAUAGGAGCGGCAGAGGAGGCAGAAGCAAUGGAGGUGGAGGGAUUCUGGAGGAGCAGGAGGUGGAAGCUGGCUCACGGAAUCGUCCCGAAGCCAACGGACAAGCCGAACAAAUGAACAGAGUUGUACAGCACUUGCUGAGGCAUUACAUCAAGCCUACCCAAGAUGAUUGGGAUGAGCAGUUGCCUCUCAUCGCCAGCCUGUACAACUAUGCUAUCCAUAGCAGUACCGGCGUUAUUCCUAAUCAGCUGCACUUGGGAUGGAAGCCUAGAUCAGCACUAGACUUCCUCCUACCUGAAAACCGACCCGCUGCAACUCCAGGCACACUAGAGUAUGGUGUGCAGUAUGAGAAGUUGCUGCAAGAGGCUGUCGAGCAUAUGAAGAAAGCUCAGCAAGCAAUGAUUGCUUAUGAGAAUCAACAUCGUAGACAGUCCACAUUUCAGGUAGGGGAACGAGUCUGGGUCAAGGCUAGUGAGUUAGGACAGGAGUUCGGAAUCUCUCGCAAACUAAUGCCUCAGUACUUUGGUCCUUGGGAAGUCCUGGAUGUAGUGGGAGAUGAGAUGGAUGGUCCCACAUAUGUCAUUCGUGUCCCUGGACACCUACGCACUCACCCAGUCUUUCAUGCCUCAAAGCUUGCACCUUUCGCUGAGACUGAUCAAUUCCCUUCCAGGAGAUCGAUGCUGCCCCCAACCAUGGAUGGACAAGUGGACAUCGACGACAUUGUGGAUCACAGGGAUAUGCCUGUUCCGAAGCCGCUGGGUCGAGGAAGACCUCCUAAACCCAAGAGAGAGUACUGCGUCAGAUUCAGGCAUCAUACGGAUCCGAAAGAAGAUCGAUGGUUUACCAGGGAGGAACUGAUUGAGACAGCUCCUGUGGCAUACUGCGUAGCCACACGGGCCCUGCAGGGCCCAUCCCGGACAUUCAGCCUAAAAGCCUAAAACUUAGAGCUUACAGGCCCCGGUCGUUUCAGCCUGAAAGCU